UCGGUCGCUAUGGAGAACAGCUAUCGAGUCAGCCAGAGAGAGCAGGGACGAGCGAGGAGGACGGAACCGAGAGUGCCAAAGCGCACAGACAGACGGGAAUCAUGGAGAAAAGAUCGCCGCUCAGGAGGAGUCUGUCAUCUAACGGACUGAGAGUUUUAAUAUCACUUCUCACCUUAUACGGACUAACCGCAGGUGUGAGCAGUAACCAAGUGGUUGUUCCUGAGAAAGUGAAUGCAGUGCUUGGGAAGAACAUCACACUGGGCUGCAGAAUAGAGGUGGGCUCCAACCUCAGUCUCACACAGAGCUCCUGGGAACGGCGUCUUCCUAAAGGCACCAUCACCUUGGCAGUGUUUAACCCUGAGUUUGGAACCUCCAUCUCUCCGAAUUACACCAAGCGCAUCUCGUUUGUUUCCCCUUCUGCACGAGAUGCUACCAUCACCAUUGAAGGAGCUGGCUUUGCAGAUAUUGGGUUCUACAUCUGCAAAGUGGCAACAUUUCCUCUGGGCAAUACACAAGCCUCAACCUAUGUUAAUGUGUUAGUGGAGCCAAAGGUGUAUGUGUCCGCCGGCCCCACAGCUCUGUUGGACGGUGGGAAUGAGUCACUGGUGGCCACCUGCAUAGCGGAGCGUGGUCGUCCCGCCGCCGAGGUUUUCUGGGAGACAGAGCUGUAUGGACGAAGUGAGAAGCAAAGUCAGGAUGAGCCAAACGGCACCAGCACCACACAUGUGCGCUACAUGUGGCAACCGCAGAGCUACGCCCAGGGAAAGACGCUCACCUGCGUGGUGCGCCACCCGGCCCUGCAAACAGAGUUCCGCAUACCCUUCAUACUGAAUAUUCAGUUUGCACCAAUGGUAUCGAUAAUAGGAAUUGACAAAAAUUGGCAUGUGGGUCAAGAGAAUGUGAAGUUCACCUGUGGUGCCAAAGCAAACCCACCUGCCCGUCACUUCUCAUGGAUCAGGUUGGAUGGAUUGAUGCCUGAGGGUGUUGAGAUCUCAAACAAUAGCUUUGCUUUCACUCGCCCGUUGGAGCGCAAUGACUCUGGAGUAUACCGCUGCGAAGUGACAAACGACAUCGGCCUCCGCGGUAAAGAUGUAAACCUCUGGGUACAAGAUCCUCCUCCCACCACGGCCGCCCCCAGCACCACUGCGUCCCUCCUCCACGACAACUCUGGAACCGGCACUGCUGUCGACAAGCGGAGAGCCCUGUUCACGUCCCCGACCCUGGCCUCCUUACCUGACAGCAGCCUGGGCACUAUAGUCGGCGGGGCUGUAGGUGGAGUUUUAUUCCUGAUUCUCCUGCUGAUCCUCGGCGGGGCCUGCUUCAUGCGACAGCGCAGGACCUUCAGAGGCGACUACUACACCAAACAGUACCUGGGACCCUCCGACAUGCAGAAGGAGUCUCAGCUGGACGUGCUGCAGCCGCAUGAGCUGCAGGUUUACGGGGACAAAACGAGCAAAGGCAGUCAGGAGCUGAAACCCAAACUGGGCGGAGACGUCAUUUACCCCGACUACCCUCCUGAACGCAAGGACAGGGAUGACUGGCCCGACAGGGGUGAUGUCCACAGGGGCCUCAAGGAGGGAAAUUACUAUCCAGACCACUACAACACCCAAAACAUGCACCCUUGCGGGCCUCCUGUACACAGCUCCAUAGUGAACAACGGCUCCCCCUACCUCCCGGAGGAAUGCUUUGACAAUGGUACAGACAGCGACUAUGUGUCCCACAUGGACGGAUCUGUGAUCUCACGCAGGGAGUGGUAUGUUUGAGGAAAGGAACGAUGGAAGAAAAAAACCGGACAAAUGACUGAGAAUAAGAACAAGUGACAGAUAUAAAUAUCAUUAAAGGCUGUGUCAUUUCAGUUAAAGGAUGAAUUCAGUUUCUCAGCACAGUUUCACAAUGAGCUCUUUGAACAAUACUGCUCUGCCUUGAUUGUAACCACUUAACCUUAAGGACGUGUAUGUGGAUUGUAUUACACUUUUGUAGUAUUUCAAGGAGCUACAAAUACGCUGGAAGGCCUCAGUGAUAUUAUCUGUGUUGGCUUAAGAGGCUUUGGCAUAAAGUGAAGUUUCAACAGAUGUGAAUGAGGUUUUGUAUUCUGCUUGUUUGUGUUUGCACCUGUCUUUAACACAGGUCACAAGUCAGGUGUUCAGACCCUUAGUAAAGUAUUCCUAUCCCUGACAGACUGAGCUAUGCUCCCCUGAAACCCCACAACAUCUGUGGCAUUUCGAAAAUGGUAUCUUGAUUGCUUACAACGUUUUCGGUGAAGUGUUCAUCAUGGCUGCAACCAGUAUUUAAAGCAAAUAUUGCAUGUUUUAUUUAAAAAACAAAAUGUAUCAAGUUAAAGGGAAAGUUUGUCAGUCACAUGAUUUAAAAGGGAGAAUCACACAGAUAUUGUGGAGAGGCAAAGCAACCUGACAGAUGCUAUUACAUUAUAAAAAACACUGCCCCUCAUAAACCUCUGGUUAAGUUCCUCGGAGGCUUUUGUAAACUUUGAGUAUCUUCUCUAAAUGAUUCUUGAAAUGGCAAGCCUGUCAUCUAACAGUGAAGAUAAGAUAAGGGAGUAAAAUAGGGCAGUCCCUGUGGAAGUACUUUUACUUUCAGCUUCAGUUCAGCUUAUUUAUUUUACAGAUAUCUAUGUUCCUAAAGUUGUUAUCUGAAAAAUUUCAGAUAAAUUUGGCCACACCUGUGGUUACAGAGCAAGAGCAAGUGUGGUUUAAUGCUGCAGCAAACACUUCUCGAACAGCUACUGUGUUGGAAGUAUAAGAGGCAACUGGUGCAACCAAACAAACUCACUUUGUUUUAAUAAAGAAGUCAGUCAAUAAUAAUCGCAACCUAUCUGAAUUCAUGUUGCACACAGCGUGAGUUGUUUUUCACCCAACAGCAGGGCAUAAUGUUGGUCACCUUGCUGAGGACCUGCAGCUCUUCAUCUAACCGGUCAUUGUGGCUGCUCCAUCUUCUUCAAUUGCUUGCUUGUAAAAUUGAAAAAUGCACAAAUAGUUUUGGAGACCCUUUUUUGAUGAACGUUGAGCAGUCAGCACUAACUGCAUUGAUAAAUACUUUUUCCAUCUAGUGGAUGUUUCACAAUAAAAGCCACCCCGUGUCUCAUCAAUUAAAUGCUUUUGGUGUGAAACAGCGGUAGUAAAAAACGUUUGGCUCUGGUAAGCAGAUUGUUAUACAGCUCAGACACGGAGUAAAAGCAGGAAAACAGUACUGUCAUACUGUAGUGAAUACAUUAAAUGGCAAUUGCAGAAGAAAAUGCAGACCAUAGAUAUUAUCAUAAACGGGUUUGAUAUCAUGAUAUCUUUAGGAUAAUAACUUUAACCAAAUAUACGAUUACCAUUAUUGAAAUGUGUUAAUCCAGUCACUUUCUUAGAGUAAAAGAGCACAACUCAGUUAUUACAGUUGUCAGUAAACAUCAAAGGAAUCCAACCAGGCCUUGGCCUUCUCCACUUAGCCGUGAUAACAGGCUGCAUCGCUGGUUUUUUUCCAUUUUCCCUCCCCUGUAUCCUCUGAUUUCCGUCUGCACUACUAACACAAUUUGGUCGUUAUAGUUUUUUAUUUUAAAACAUGGGAUCAAAGCAAUGUGUUAUAAAUACCAGAUGUGACUAUCUCAGCUGUCAUCAUCUAACGUUAUGUGGCUCCAUAAAACACCAGCAGUUUCACUGCUCCCGCUCGACACUCCACGCUUGUGAUUCAUGAUUGUAAAUAUGCAAAAUAUUUGUUGGGAGAAAAAAAGUCAAAGAGCACAAAAAGAGGGGGCACUACUAAACUGAUCCCUCAGCUUUAGUUUACAUGUGUUUGAAGUAUGAUUGCGCGAAUACCUCACAGUUGGAAACACUGUGAGCGGCUGACAUCACUACUGAUCACAGAACAGGCAAUAAUGUUGGGGUUUGGCUCCUCAGCAGCUCCUCUGAGGAUAUACAGCGAUCAUGGAAACUAGAAAUUUAAUCCACGAGUGAAAAAAUCAGUUUAAGAACCAUGUAGGUUAGGGCUGUCUGUGUAAUGGCUGCCCAAGGGAUACAUUUUUCCCCUUACAAACAACAAACCCAGUGACAUUAAGUUGAAACAAAAGAGUUGACAUCAUCAGUGAUCUCAUCUCUCACUGCUUGAUUUGACCUUACACUUUUCCACUUAGAUCUUUUUUUUGUGUGUGUCUUCAGGAAUGAUACAUGGAUCAAAGUGGCCUCUGCAAAGCCUCACAUGAAAGGGAAAACACCCCCCUUUUUGGAAGAGGUCCCUGUUCAGUCAAUCAGGGUGUUUGUUGCUAGUAGAAGAAACCAUAUGUGUGUAUUAUUGGGGUUUUAUAGAUUGUGGGUGCACACUUUCUCUUUGCCUUCUCCACCCUCACUUUCCCAUGCCAGGGCUUCGGUCGAAGGUUUAGAUGUCUGAGAAUAAACUACUUUAAUCUCACUCUCAUCACACACACACACACACACACACACACCCCCAGCUGCCACACAUCUGCCACUGCAGCCCACAGUCGAAGAGCAGUCCUCACCUCAAACCUUUCGCUUUUUAAUUAACUUUUCUUCUCUUCUCAUCGCACUUGGCAACUUAAGCGCUCAAACUCUGUGAUAUAUAGCACAUCCGUGUCUGCAUGCACACAUUUUAUAUAUACGGCUGAUUCAUAGCUGUCAUCUUGUCUCUUGUUUGGUAAGUCGCUCCAUUCAAACUGUUGUCGCAGCCCCAAAAAUGAGAUCUUUUUUUCUUUUUAUUUGUUUGUUUUUGCUUUAUCUCUAAAGACUUUUUGACAAAAACAAAAAAAGCUGAAGUGAUGAAUGUUUUUGUAAAGUUCAGUUUUGGUCACAACUGGUUGCAUGUUAUUCGUUGUUAAGUUAUUCACUUCCUUCUGCGUUCAUUAUUUCUCAUUACUAGUGUUUAUAUACAUGUACAUAAUGCUAAUAGUUUAGCGUAGAAUUAGCUCUCAGUUUGAUUUAUAUGUUCCUGUACAGAUUGUUCUGGUUUCUCCCCUACUGAAUAGUUGGUGCCUUAGAUGGGCGGAGCGCUGCACAGAAACUUUGAAAAAUGACAAUUACUGAAAGCAUUAAUAUAAAGGAUAUUAAUAUCAUUGAAGAGGAGGACUGACUGGACUGACCUUAAUAUGUCUUCCAUCUUGAUAUUUAAGAUUUGCUGUUAUCAAAACAUCAGAAUAGACAAAAGGUUGAUUGUCAUGCCUUAUACACUUUAAAAGGACACAUGUAACAAGUUAGUUACUGAGAAAAUUGUAAUAGGUAAAGUUUCACUGGGAAUUUAGGCAAGCCAGAUUCAUAGAAAAUAAUAUUGUCCUGUAAAUAUGCUGGCUGUUUUUUUUUAUUUUUUUUUAUUAUUAUUAUUGGAAAAAAAUCAUUUUUUUUGUAUGAGGUCUGUACUUUUCACAGAGUAUUGGUUUAUCUUACGAGCGUUCGAGGAGCUCUUGUCUCGUGAUAACAAAGAGGGCAAUCCUGAUUUCGCUGCAUUUUGUAUUUGUUCUUGAGAGUUUCUGACCAAUUAUUUUGUAUGUUGUUCUUUGAAUGAUUGAUGUCUCACAGGAAUCAGAGAUGAGAGUGCAGUAGAUUGUAUUUUGUUUCUUUGUUUGCAAUAAAAGACCGUCAUUAUUGCA